AUGAAAACCAAAACUCCAAUCUCACUCAACUUAAUUGUUUGUGCAACCGUAGGAAAUGGAAUUGGUAAAUCAGGAAAACUACCUUGGAAAUUAAAAAAAGAUAUGAAAUAUUUUAAAUUUAUAACUUCUUUUAUUCCUUCUUCAAAAUCAACAUCAAGAUUAAAAUCGACUGAAAUCGAAAACCAAAACCAAAACUUAAAGAAUGUAGUGAUUAUGGGAAGAAAAACAUGGGAAAGUAUUCCAAGGAAAUUUAAACCUUUAGAAAACCGAAUUAAUAUAAUUGUUUCUAGAAAACAAACCUAUGAAUCACUUGGAUUAUCAAAAGAUUCAAAAGACGUUUAUUUAACCAAUUCGAUUCUAAACGCCUGUGAAAUCAUCCAAACCCUAAACAUAUAUAAAACUUAUUUAAUUGGAGGAUCUGAACUUUAUAACCAAAUCAUCAAAACCCCAAUCCUAGCAAACAUAUACGAAUUAAAAACGAUUUUAUUAACCAGAGUUUUAGGUGAUGAUGAAGGAUUUGAAUGUGAUACGUUUUUAAGUGAUUUUAAGGAAACUGGAAACUGGAAAAUGAGUGACAAUCAAAGGUUUUUGGAAUGGAUCAGUUUGGGAAUCGAUGAGGGUGAAAAGAUUGAUUUACAGGAUGAACUUGGGUUUAAUCUUUUUGAAGUUAAUGAUGAUGAUGGUAAUAAUCAAAUCGAAUUUCAAUUAUGGGAACCUAAUUCAUUAGCUUCUUCGAAAGAGAAUUGA